AUGGCUUUGGCCAUAUUUUUGAUCAUUACAUUCCUGAGAUCUGGUCUGGGAGGCAAAUGCAAGGACUUUCGCAAGGACUUAUGCCAAGAUCCGGGGUCUCUAUGUCAGAUCAGCUCAUUUGAGGACUGUCCGUGUGCCGAAGGCUUCUGGCCACAAAUUGACAGCUUCACAGAGCCAGAACUUCGCUUCGGAUGCUGUCCUGGCAACGGCGUCACUGCGUGUGGUCCACAAAGAACAUCAAUGACAACCUGUGCGCAGGUCACCUUAGCACAAGCUUUGCUUUGCAUUUUGCUAACGACCUUGGUGAUUCACCAUAGGCAACCCCGAGCUUGGAGGAUCAAGAGCGGGGACUCUGCCCUUGAGAACUCAUCGCUCGUCCUUGAUGGUGCCAAGUUGCACGCAGAAGUUCCAAUGGAACGCUGGUGCAUUAGCCUUGAGGACCUCAAGCAGUUUAAGCGACUGGUGAGUCAAGCUGUGAGUGACGGUCGCAUCAGCCCCACUGAGAUGAAUCCAUUUGACCCCACAGACUAUAGCAUCGGCCCCUCGAUGUACACGGUGACCGAACAGUACAUCAAGCCGGUGACGGCUGCUGCUGGAAAUGUGAGCUGGGCCUUGAUGAAACAUCCCAGCGGCUUGCCAUGCGACGUUUUCAUCACCCACGCUUGGGCGGAAGGAGUUUUUGAGUUUAUUGACAAGGUGUUUUCAAGCUGGCCCCAGGGUGGGCGAGCGGCGUACGUGUGCUUCUUAUCCAAUCCUCAGAACCUGGACAUUGCCGAUUUGAUUUCAACACCUGAGCAAUCUCCCUUUGCAAAGGCAUUGGACUCCUGCAGGCAUGUCAUUGCAGUCCCAAAUCGCGUAUGUAGCAUCUACUCGAGACUUUGGUGUGUCUACGAGGCCUUCCUGGCUUAUACUUGGAACAAGCCCAUCACCAAUGCAACAUCGCUUGAUUUCAAUGCCUGGGCCUACUUGCUGCGGAUAUUCUUCAUUGGCCAAGUGAGUGCCUCCGCAGGUUUGCUGUUGCCAUUGAGGCUUGCAACGAGGUGCUACUUGCCGACCACUACCCUGGUGAUGCCAUUCAUGGUCCUUUUCCUCCUCUCCCUUGGCCAGUGUGGUGGAUACAAACCUCAUUUGCAGAAGUUUGCAGUGAUUGGCACCACCAUCUUCGCCAAUGUCAGCUACGCGUGCGACGUGAGCAUGGGACGUGCUUUGUUUGACGAAAACUGGCUCUUCGCCGUCGAGUACAUCUGUUUGGGCGUCUUUGGAACCAUUGCGAUGGAACUCGACCGCUUGAACUCUCUGUCGGCGGAUAAGGCUGCAGAAGACCUACGCCGAGGCUUUAGUGGACACUUGUCGGAGGCAGGCUGCUCAGACGAAACUGACAGGCUGAAGAUCCUGGAGGAAGUGAAGAAGAGUGGCCAUGAGACCGAUGUCGAAGAAACCGUGAAGAUGCUCAUCAAGAUGAGCAUCUCUACCCCGGAGCUCCGUGCGACGGUCGAACGAACCGGAACAUUGACGGAUGCUGCCCACUGGAGGGGCGAGGGACAUCCUGCAUAUUACCUGGUGUCAGUUUGCAUUUUGCCCCCACUCCUGCUGGCCCUUUCGAUCCUGGGACCUGCCCAGACGGCACGUAUCCCGUUCGUGGGGCCACGGCUGGUUCGCUUGGUCUUCGGCAAGCCGCGGUGCCUCAAGAGGUGGGGCCGGCCACCCGGCGUGUUCUUGGCCUCGGAAUCAGUGCAGGAGAACAACACCCAGAGGCUCCUGCAGAUGCUCAACGACUUGGACCUGCACGUGAUCACGUCGGAGGACACCAAGCCAACGCAUGGUGGCCCCAGUUCGGCGCAUGUGGCGAUUGACGUGACGAUCUGCGCGCGAGCGAGCCACUUCCUGGGGACUGCCACGUCCUCCCUCUCUGCGCUCAUUGGAUCGCUCCGCUACGCCGCCAACCGCACAGGUGAGACCGCGAGUUACUUCCCACGCUUGCCACGUGUGGAUCUGGAGGAAUACGAGCUCGGGCUUUUUCCCCUCUCCUCGUCGUUGCCGUCCGAAGGGGAGCUCCAGCACUUCUUCCAUGGCCUUGAGACCAAAGUCUCCGCGGCCUCGAGCCGGAGCUUCUUCGACUGCAGCGUGGAUGCCCGACGCGAAGGCCAGCGUGGCUCUCCUAGAUAUGGCAGCGGAAUGGCCAUUGUCAACACCGUUUUGCCCUUUGGAGAAGAGAGGACGUCGGCAGUGCUGGUCACCCGCGAUUUGAUCGAAUAUGCUUGGCAAGAGUCAGCGUGGUCAUGUCCACCUGUGGCGCUGAUCGCCUAUAUGCAGUUGCUGGUGGGAUUGCAGAAUGCCAGUCGCUGGGGCCCGGCGGCAGGCUUUGACCCAACAAGCCCACACGAGCUCUACCUGGAGAAGGUGCGCUUUGUCUACAAACUCUGGCAGAUGCUGUCGAUCGGGUCCUGGAACAUGGCUGCCUGGUCAGCACCGGGCGUGAAGUAUGGAGUUCAGCAACUGUUAAGGAGCCUGGCGCAGCUGUGA